AUGAAGGUCGCUUGUCUCGUGGUGGCGGUGGCGCUGGCGGCGGCGGCAGCGGGCGAAGAGAGCAAACGUGAACGCAAUAACUUCUUGGACGUGUUCGCCGUGCAGUCCACGACCACGUACACCGUCAUUUCAGCUUCCACCUCGACCGUCUUCUACUCCUGCUUAUCGGGGUCUUACACCGCGCUCAUCUGCAAGGGACGCAAGAGGAAGUCAACCAGGGCAUUUAGAAAUCUUGACAGCAUCGACGGCGACGCAUCCCUGGACUCCAUAUCCCUGGACUCCAGCAGCGACGCCAUGGGGCCGGCGGCGACUGACAGGGACGACUCCGUUGCCGCUAACAGGUUCGGCUACACGGUGUGGACAACCUCCAAGACGACCUCGACGGUCACUCUUCUCUACACCAACACGGCCUCCACCAUCAAGAUCUCCUAUUACUGUGAUGCCGGAGGAGUAAACUACCCCCCUGGCUGUAAUGGAGGUGUGCGUGAGCAUGUUAAUGGAGGUGUGCGUGAGCAUGUUCAAUUUUUGACACUUCUAAAUCACUCCUGGCUGUUAGAAAGCCGCAUCACUGAGAAGCCAGCCUUUGGGGUGUCAGUCAGUACGACCACCCCAAUGUCCAUCAGGUCACGCCACGGCUUUUCCUCCAGCCUGGCAUCUCAGCAGUGCCGUGAAUCUCGUGUUGUUGUGAAUCUGUGUCGGUUCGAGAACUUCGCCAGCGCUCUGAGCAUCGGGACCAAGACAUCCUUAAGAGACGACACGAAGAGAGAGCGGGUUUUGAGUUUGAUGAGGUUCAGCAGCGUUCUCGCCGUGGCCGCGGUCGUGGCGCUGGCCAUGCCCUCCUCCGGCGUCGAGGAGCAGGGCGUCGCCAGGAUCAGCAACCGCUUCUUCCUCGGGGUCUCCAGCACCACCACUUACUCCAUGGUAUCCGUGAGCACCUCGACGGUCUUCUUCUCUUGUCUCUCCGGCACCUACACCGAGAAAGUGUGCAAGGGGAGGAACGCCAAGAGGAAGAGGAAGUCCGUCGUGGACAGGAUGGACGACGGGACCGACCUCCUGGCCCUGGACAGCAGCGCGACGGACUUGGGGGACGUCGAGCCUGACCAGGACACCUCCGGCAGACACGACAACCUGGGGAAAGUAGCCUACACGAUAUGGACGACCUCCAAGACGACCUCCACCAUCACCGUCCUCUACACCAACACGGCGUCCACGGUGAAGAUUUCGUACUACUGCGUGGCCGGAGGAGUGCAGUACCCGAGCGUCAAUUGCUAGGGUGGGCGGGGCCUCACGGGGAAGGGCUGCAUCAAGUGUUUGUGCCAAUGGCGACGAAAACAGUGUAUACUAUACAUGCACAUACAUGCACAGAAGUAUUAUACCACAUACA